AUGGCUUCAUCAAAUAGGCACUGGCCUAGUAUGUUCAAAUCCAAGCCCACCUGCAACACUCAUCACCACCACCAAUGGCAGUCACAGGACUCCAACAACAAUCUUCUCUCUUCUACCUGCCACAGAUCUCCUUACUCUUCUGGAUGUGAAGAGAGAAGCCCAGAGCCAAAACCAAGAUGGAACCCAAAACCUGAACAAAUCCGGAUCCUUGAAUCCAUAUUCAAUUCGGGAAUGGUGAAUCCUCCUAGAGAUGAAAUCAGAAAAAUUCGAACCCAACUGCAAGAGUAUGGGCAAGUUGGUGAUGCCAAUGUCUUCUACUGGUUUCAGAACAGGAAAUCUAGGAGCAAGCAUAAGAACCGUCACCUUCAAAAAUCCCAAAACCACCAAUCUCUACCUGUAUCUGCGACCACCACCAAGGGGGCAACCACCUCAUCUUCUUCCUCCUCUGAAAAGUCUUCCUCGAAGUCCAUCGAGUUCCUCUUGAACUCCCCCACAGAUUCAGUAGAUCAACAAGGACAUGGCUAUUUUGGUGGUGGAGGGACGGGUUACCACCAUCAGCACCACAGUGAAUUCUUGCAAGAACCCUUUUUUUUCACCACAGUGCAACACCCACCUCCGCCACCGCCAGCCUCCACCACUACUGCCAGUUUCACAGAAGGGUUUUGUUUCUCGGAGUUAGGAAAUGUGAUGAAUGAAGAUCAUAAUCACGGGAAUCUUGAUGAGACGGUUGGGAGUGGAUCUGCGAUGUUGCUAACUGAUUUAAUGAUGAUGAAUCACCAAAAUGGAAUGCCGAAGAACAAUAAUAGCAAGUGUGUUGAAGAAGAGAAGAUGAUGAAACUCUCGAGCUACAAUUUUACUCCACCUUCAGCUUCUACUUCCAUUGUUCACCUUAAUCCUACCACGACUGCUGUUCCAUCAACUGUAAAUAUUCAAGGUGUGGAGGAACCAGCGCCUGGGAAAUCGACCGUGUUCAUCAACGACGUAGCGUUUGAGGUAGCAGUCGGCCCCUUCAACGUGAGGGAGGCGUUCGGCAAUGAUGCUGUGCUGGUACACUCUUAUGGUCAGCCAGUGGUGACCAAUGAGUGGGGCGUCACCCUUCACUCGCUCCAGCAUGGCGCAGUUUAUUACCUGGUGCGCUCGUUCUCGUUCGAUCAUUCCAGCGCUAUCGACUUGGUAUACAUAUGCUUUCCAUCCACAUCUUCAUCACACACACCACCCAAGUUUAGUUCAUAG